UCGUUCGCGACCCUUGCCAUCAACCCCACCUUUCAACGCAAUCAAGUGACGUCGAUCAUACAAGCCGUCACUUGCCGAAACAAUCGCAUGUCGCAAAGCGGGGAUGUCAAGGUAACGGCGCGAUAAGGGCGAAGGCGCGAGGAAGGAGGGGUUGCCGUGAGAAUGAGGCUCGGCGCAGCAUGUUGUGACCACCCUCGGGACAUAGGACAAAGUCCUGGAUACACGCUGUGCUAAGGAGCCAUGGAGAAAAUCAAGACGCUGCUGAUUGCGAACCGUGGCGAGAUCGCGGUACGCAUAGCAAGAACUGCGAAGAAACUCAGCAUCCACACCAUCGCCAUCUACUCAGAAGCCGACGCUGCAUCUCAGCAUGUUCGCGAUGCCGACGAAGCGGUGCUGUUGCCGGGGAGCAACGCGACAGCUUACAUCGACGAGGAAGCUAUUCUCCAGAUAGCGAAACAAAAGGGAGUAGACGCAAUCAUCCCCGGCUACGGGUUCCUGUCCGAGAAUGCUCAUUUCGCGCGACUGGUGAGCGAGGCGGGCCUCGUAUGGGUCGGCCCUUCACCGGAGUCUAUCGAGGCAUUCGGUAUCAAACACACCGCAAGAGGCCUGGCUGAGAGCGCACACGUGCCCAUCGUACCAGGCACCAAAGGGCUCGUUGAAAAUGAGGAGGCAGCUGCAUCAGAAGCUGAGCGUAUCGGUUUCCCCGUCAUGUUGAAGGCAACAGGUGGUGGCGGUGGCAUGGGCCUCAUCACCUGCAACAAGGUCGAAGAAGUGCGUGACGGUUUUCGAAUGGUGCAGUCGCGUGGUAAGACGCUCUUCAAAAAUCCAGGUGUAUUCAUCGAGGCCUUCUUUCCCGCGAGUCAUCACAUUGAAAUCCAAGUGUUCGGCAAUGGGCAGGGUCAAGCCAUUCACUUUGGUGAGCGCGAAUGUUCUAUUCAACGACGCCACCAGAAAGUCAUCGAAGAAUGCCCAAGUCCUUUCGUAGAAAAACAUCCCGAGUUGCGACAAAAGCUAGGCGAUGCGGCGGUUCGCCUAGCCGAGUCAAUCAAGUAUGGUUCCGCGGGGACUGUUGAAUAUCUUGUGGACGACAAGUCGGGAGACUUCUUCUUCCUUGAGAUGAACACGAGACUCCAAGUCGAGCACGGCAUUACCGAGCUAUGCUACGAUGUUGACUUGGUAGAACUCAUGCUCAGGCAAGCUGAUGCCCAACUUACAGGCAAGGGUGGGCUUGACGGCGAGACUCUGAAGCAGAUGCAGCCACUGGAGCCUUCAGGUUCAGCUAUAGAGGCCCGUGUCUAUGCUGAGAACCCACUGAAAGACUAUGCUCCUUCACCUGGGUUGCUUCAGAAGGUCGAAUGGGAAGAUGUCCCCGGCAGUCGCGUUGACACAUGGGUGUUCACAGGAUCGCGCGUCACUCCGAACUACGAUCCUCUUAUUGCAAAAGCUAUGGUUCACUCUACGAAUAGACAGGACACAAUUGCUGGCAUGAAGCGACUCCUCACUCAAUCUUCCAUUUGUGGGCCACCUACAAAUUUACAAUUUCUCGCCAGCAUCCUGAACGAUCCGCGCUUCAAAGCGGGCAAUACAAUGACCAGCUUCCUGCAGGAUUUCAAGUAUAACCCGCACGUAAUCGACGUGAUCUCGGCAGGCGCAUACACUCUGAUUCAGGACUUACCUGGUCGACCAACUGUCGGCAAAGGCAUACCUCACUCCGGGCCGAUGGACCCCAUGGCAUUCCAGAUCGCGAACAUACUCGUAGGAAAUCCGCGUGGUAAAGAGGGCUUAGAGAUCACACUAAGCGGACCGGAACUACGAUUUGUUGGUCCUGUUAUCGUUGCGUUAUGCGGUGCACCCAUGGAAGCCGUACUUGAUGGCAAUGACUUUCCCAUGUGGACAAGUGUGAAGAUCGAAGCUGGCCAGAAGCUCAAAAUUGGAAAGACCACUGGUGAUGGAUGUCGCUCGUAUCUGGCUGUUCACGGGGGGUUUCCUGCAGUUGCAGACUACUUCGGCUCAAAAUCGACGUCUCCACUGGUUGCAAUUGGUGGCUAUCAGGGUCGGGCACUAGCACCAAGCGACUUGCUGCAAAUCUCAGACAGCCUGCCAGAUAACUUCACAUCUGUCGUCCUUCCAGAUAAUCUGCGAUUGACAUAUCAAUCGAAAUGGGAGAUUGCAGCCAUGGUUGGGCCUCAUGACGAGGGCUACUUUGAUCCUAACUUCAUCGAAACUAUAUAUGAUACGGAGUGGAAGGUCUCACACAACGCCUCGCGCAGUGGUAUCAGGCUCGUCGGACCCGUACCCAAGUGGGCGCGAAAAGAUGGUGGCGAGGGUGGUGCACACCCAAGCAAUUUGAUCGAGUACGGAUACCCAUUGGGCGCUUUGAACUGGACAGGAGACGAGCCAUGUAUCUUUCCUGUUGACUGUCCCAAUUUCGGUGGCUUCACGAGUAGCACAACGGUUAUCAGGGCGGACUGGUGGAAACUUGGACAGCUCAAGGCAGGCAAUACUUUGAGGUACAUUCGCGUUGGCCUUGAGGGAGCGUUGGAGGAGAGGAAGCGAAAUGAGGCCUUUCUCGAUUCGAUUGAGCAAGCGAUCAAGUCCUCCAGCGGGUUCGACAAGAUAGAAAAGCUCGAUGGUGUGAGAUUCGAUGAGCGCGACGGCGGCAAAGCGGUGGUAUGGGAGAAAGAAGGCGAUGGAAAUACUCCCAAAGUCAGAUACCGACAGGGAGGCGAUGAUCACCUGCUCAUAGAAUACGGCGACGAGUCUUUCGACCUCAACCACCGUUGCCGUGUCACUGCUCUCGAAAACGCCCUGCAUUCUGACUCAACGCCUGAAAACAUCAAACUCAACCUCUACAACACUGUCGGAUGCUGCACAACGCUUUUACUCUACUACAAUGGUGCCAGCCUUCCUCGAUCAGAUCUCAUUGCGCACCUGCAAAACAUCGAAUCACAACUAGGCGAUUUGCGCGCCACCAAGGUCCCCACACGCAUCUUCAAACUCCCCAUCUCCUUCGAAUCCAAACUCCAAGACGAAGCAACCCAGCGAUACAUGAUGAACCAACGUCCUCACGCACCCUAUCUCCCCGACAACCUCGCAUUCGUGGCAAAGAACAACGCCUUCUCGUCUCAGCAGCUCAAAGAUAUCUACCUCACAGGUCAAUUCAUGGCGGUCGUCGUUGGCUUCUUCUGCGGCAACACAGUCUCGCUACCUGUAGAUCCUCGCCAGCGUCUCUCCGCGCCCAAAAUGAAUCCAAGUCGUGUCUUCACGCCAGAAGGAACGGUGGGCUGGGCAGGAAGCUGCAUGUCGAUUUACCCCGUGGAUUCGCCUGGCGGGUACCAGAUGACAGGUCGCACGGUGCCGUGCUGGGAUUACUAUUCGUAUAAGCCUGGUUUCGUGAAAGACGCACAGCCAUGGAUCUUCCGUGACUUCGACAUCCUGACGUUCUAUCAGGUUAGCGAGCAGGAACUCGAUGGCUUGCUGGCUGAUUUCCGGGCAGGCAAGUAUGACUGGGAAUACGAUGAGUUUGAGUUCGAUAUGGCGGAACAUAACAAGCUGCUGGCGAGCACUCGCGAGGAAGUCGCAGAGAUAAGAAAGAAGCAAGCUGUCGCGCAAGAUGAGAUGACGAAGGCGGAGAAUGAGAGCUUGGAGCGCUGGCGAAAAGAGAAAGCCGAAAGUCAGGUCGAUGAAGGGACGGUGGAGAAGUUGCUUGAUGAUCCAAACAUUGUAGGUGUGGAGGCACCGGUUGAUGCGAAUGUCUGGAAAGUCGAAGUCAAGGAGGGGGAUAAUAUUGAUGAUGAAACUGUGAUUGUAAUUCUCGAAGCGAUGAAGCUCGAGAUUGCUGUGAAGACACCGGAGUCUGCAGCACAGGCAGGGAAGCUGAAGGUAGAAAGGAUACUGGUGAAGUCUGGUGACACGGUAACGGCUGGACGGCACUUGGUCUUGCUCCGUGUUUCGAAAGGGUGAAGUGAUGCGGGUCAGUAGAUGAAGCAGUUAUGUCGGUUGUUUGUGAUGCUUGCUAUAGCUAUCCGAACGGCUUGAACGCGAAAAUUUUGACACGUAUAUCUAUCACAGCAUCUAGAGUUUAUGCUGUACAUUAUUCACGCAAUGCAUACUUAUUCCC